AUUCCUUGUUGAAAUAAUAAUUUCUCUACUAGUUAAUAGAUGCUCAUAUUGGAGGUUACUCAAAUUUUAUUAUAGAAAACGUGUUCUUGGAAAAUCACGUAUAUUUUUCAAAAAUUCUAACAUUUAGUUUCAAUUGAAACCAAGUCGAUUCAAUACUGAAUAGCGAAUAAGAUUUUUUUAGAAAAAGUUCAGCUUUACCAUAUUUGAAAACUUAUUUUAUUUUUAUUUACUUCAAUUACGAAAGAUUAAUAGUCAAAAAUAGUGUUAAUUGUAAAUUACAACAAAUUCCAAAAAUAAUGGAAUUCAUUUAUUAGAAUUAGAGGCUGAUUAGAAUAAAGAAGAAAUGUUGAACAUUUGACAUAUUUUCCUAACCUACAUGUAUUUAUGAUUUGUUUGUAAUUUAGCAUUAUCCUGUGGACUUCAUCAAUUAUUCAAGACGAUAAAUAUGGGAAAGAAAAAGAACGAAUUUGCUCAUCUUACCGUCGAGGAACGAAAAGUUAUAACAGUUGCUGAGGUGGUGCAAGAACUCAUUAAAGCACAUCAAAAUAGAAAAGAUGUGAAUCUAAAUUCGUUAAAAAAUAGAAUAGCUUCAAAAUAUAAUUUAGAAACUGCUCCUCGGCUAGUGGAUAUAAUAGCAGCUGUACCAAUAGAUUAUAAAAAAAUAUUAGUUCCAAAAUUAUUGGCAAAACCCAUUAGAACUGCUAGUGGGAUUGCAGUAGUAGCUGUAAUGUGUAAACCUCAUCGUUGUCCUCAUAUAAAUUUAACUGGUAAUAUUUGUGUCUAUUGUCCAGGUGGACCAGAUUCCGACUUUGAGUAUUCAACCCAAAGUUACACUGGGUAUGAACCUACUUCUAUGAGAGCUAUUAGAGCUAGAUAUGAUCCUUUUCUACAAACUAAACAUAGAGUAGAGCAACUCAAGCAAUUAGGACAUUCUGUAGAUAAAGUUGAAUUUAUAGUCAUGGGAGGUACAUUUAUGAGUUUACCUGAAGAUUAUAGAGAUUAUUUUAUUAGAAACCUUCAUGAUGCUCUGUCUGGUCACAAGAGUAGCUCAGUAGAGGAAGCUGUUACUUAUUCCGAAAGAAGUAACACUAAAUGUAUUGGGAUUACUAUUGAAACCAGACCCGAUUAUUGUUUAGAAAAACAUUUAUCAGAUAUGCUAAAAUAUGGCUGUACCAGACUUGAAAUUGGAGUGCAAUCUGUUUAUGAAGACGUAGCCUUGGAUACAAAUAGAGGACACACAGUAAAAGCUGUUUGUGGCACAUUUAAUCUUGCUAAAGAUGCAGGAUUUAAAGUUGUAGCUCAUAUGAUGCCAGAUUUACCCAAUGUUGAUCUCGAGAGAGACAUUGAACAAUUCAUUGAAUUUUUUGAAAACCCAGCUUUUCGAGCAGACGGUCUCAAAAUUUAUCCCACAUUAGUCAUUAGAGGAACUGGUUUAUACGAACUUUGGAAAACAGGUCGAUACAAGAGUUACCCGCCCUCAGUACUUGUUGAUUUGAUAGCAAAAAUUUUAGCUUUGGUACCACCAUGGACUCGAGUUUAUAGAGUACAAAGGGAUAUACCUAUGCCAUUAGUGAGUUCUGGUGUGGAACAUGGUAAUUUGAGAGAAUUGGCAUUAAACAGAAUGAAAGAUCUUGGUUUGAAAUGUAGAGAUGUGAGAACCAGAGAAGUUGGCAUUACUGAAAUUCACGAAAAAGUCAGACCUAAUGAUGUUGAAUCAGUAAGAAGAGAUUAUAUGGCUAAUGGGGGCUGGGAGACCUUUUUGAGUUAUGAAGACCCUGCUCAAGACAUCCUUGUGGGAUUACUCAGGCUUAGAAAGUGUUCUGCUGAAAUGACAUACCGACCUGAACUGCUUGGAGGUUGUUCCAUAAUUAGAGAACUCCAUGUUUAUGGUAGUGUAGUUCCAGUAAGUGGUAGAGACGAGAAAAAAUUCCAACACCAGGGCUAUGGGACUCUUCUUAUGAAUUGGGCGGAAGAAAUAGCAAUUAAAGAGCAUAAUUCCAUUAAAAUAGCAGUCAUCUCAGGUGUUGGUACUAGAAAUUAUUACAGAAAAUUGGGUUACGAAUUAGAAGGACCUUAUAUGGUAAAGAGUUUAAAGGAAGGGGAAUAUAUUAGUGCUUUCGAUUGUGUAGACGGAGCUAUUUUGAUGUUUGAUGACAAUAAAAAUUUAAUUAAAAACAUACUUGAUACAGACGAAGAAGAAAAAGAAUGGCUAAGAAAGAUUGAUGAAGAAUACAAGAAUUCUAAGAAAGUUGAUGUUUAGGUUAAGAUUAAGAAAUGUUUCUAGAAAUAUUAAAUCAUUUUUUGCUUUCUUGAAUUUAUUAUACAAAAACUUUUUAUUUUAUUCAGUUUAUCUGAAACCUUUAUUAUUCAAGUAGCUGUAGUAGCUUUGAAGAUAUGCCUUGUCUUUUGCUACACUGCUUAAAAUAAUUACAAGAACCUUUAUUAGGGCUCGAUGUGUGAAUAUAAAUUAUACAAAUAUUAAUAAUCAUUUUAUGGUAAAAAAACUAAUACCAACUCAUUUACAAAAUGAGGUAUCUAAAGUAAAAGAAUCUAUUAACGCUAUAGUUUCUCUAAAAAUGUCAUGAAAUUUUCAUUUCAGUCCUUCCCUAAUCUUUCAUGGAAUCUAUAUGUAGAAACUGGAAGAUAUUGAACACGAAUUUGACUGUCUUAACACAUAAAUUGAAAGCACGUUGUUUGCAAAGUUUGAUAGAGGAGAAUAACACGAUUUAUUGAAUUUUUAUUUGAUGAUUUGAUCUUAUAUAAUGAGUUUUGGUAAGAUUUUGUACCUAAUUUUGCAAAAUAUUCAAUUAGUUGAUUGCAAGUACAUUUUUUGUCAACCUUUCACCUUUUCUUUGUUUCAUAUCAAAUUUUGGCGCUCUUUCUCGUUGCCUGGAUCCAGAAGAUUUACUGCGAUAUUUUAGCUUCAUUAAGUAUUCUGUCUACUUCAAAUUAUGACAUUCAAAAGUUUAUAAUUGUCAAUAUUUGUUAUUUUUAUCUAAAGGCGAGGGAAUAAAAUUUGAGUCGAUAAAAAUGAGCCAUAUUGAAGUGAAAGCUUGUCAGCUACGAGAAGAAGCCAAAAGAAGAGUAAAAUCUGCAAGUUUUUUACAAAAUUUGUUUUCGAAAUCUGUAAACAAAACUAAAGAAUCAAUUGAAUACUACAAAAGGGCUGGGAAUCUGUUUAAGGUAGUAAAAAAUUGGAAUCAGGCUGGUAUUGCGUUUACAGAUGCUGCAAAUCUUUGUUGUAAAGCUAACGAUUUUACUGAAGCGGCAUUAAAUUUCGUAGAAGCUGCCCAUUGUUAUAAAAAGAUUGACACUCUAAAAGCAAUAGAAAUUUAUCAAGAAGUUGUUAAAAUAUACAGAAAUAAUGGUAAACAUAAUUAUAUUAAAUUAUUUUUACUAUAAAAUAUUUUCUUCUGAAGGUAAAUUUAGUGCUGCGGCUCAAUAUUAUCAAGCCAUAGGCGAAUUACUACUAGAUGAUGGAGAUAAUGAAGACGCUAUUAAAUACUUUGAAGAAGCUGCCGUUUUUUAUAAACAUGAAAACAGAUAUACUGCUGCAAAUAAAUGUUUGGAAAAAAUUGCUGAUUUUGCAGCAUUAUCAUCAGAUUACCUUAAGGCUAUAAAAAUAUUUGAAGAACUAGCUUGUUUUGAUUUAGCAAGUUCCAUCAUCAAACAUCAAGUUAAAUAUUAUUUAUUCAAAGCUGCCAUUUGUUUGCUUUGCAUUGAUACCAAAGCUGCUAGGAAAUUAGUUAUAUACAUAAAUAUGUAUCCCGCAUUUGAAGAAUCAAUAGAAUAUCAAUUAAUUU